AUGACCUCAGUUUCAACUGCUCUCAUGGCCAUGAACACUAGCUCCAUGGGCAUGUCAUCCAUGCCCAGCAUGGAUGGCUUCCUGUCCAGCUCGUGGCAUAUCCGCUCUCAUGGCAUGUUCGCAGGCUCCUGCAUUGCCACAAUCUGCCUCGUCCUCUGCUUGGAAUUUUUGCGUCGUAUGGGUCGUGAGUAUGAUGCAUUCAUUCUGCGUCGAGCUCAUUCUGCUGCUUUGGCUUCCAAGUUUCCGGCCGGGCGACGUCCGAGGAGGGUCCCGAGUUUCUUCCUCAGCAACGGCCAAAAGUGCAGCUGUGAUUGUCCCAUAGUUGACGGAUCAAUUACCGCUGCUUCUACCAGCGAACCCUCUAAUGCAAAGCUUACUGGUCCAAACAAUAUCACGCCUGUGGCUGCAGAAGCUGUGCACUCGAUCAACGGUGGCGUGGCCAAUCGCAAGACUUCUGAACAUCUUGCGCCGUAUCGUCCCUCUCCAGUCGAACAAGUGAUUCGUGCUCUGCUUCACAUGGUUCAAUUUGCCGUGGCAUACUUCAUCAUGCUGUUGGCGAUGUACUACAAUGGCUACAUCAUCAUCUGCAUCUUCAUCGGAGCGUUCCUGGGUUCUCUUAUCUUCUCGUGGGAGCCUCUGUCUCUGUCGAAGGAGUAA